CUUACUUCUAUUAAAAAAAGGCAAUGUUCAAAUAUUGACUGCAAGCCGCCGAUAGUUCAAUAGAUUGAUGCAGCUGCGCCCAUCAAUCCGUGAAAUCCCUUCACACCCCGGAACUCCCUUUUCCCCUCCCUCACAUCUUCACACCAAGGUGUAUUGAGUGCCUUGUGGUCUCAUCAAUGCUUUUCAAGGUAGUAUAUGCGCUCCUGGCAGUCCAGGCGAGUGCCGUCCAUUCAUUUGCGAUCGGGGAUGAGACCUUUGACUACGUUGUCGUGGGCGGAGGCACCAGCGGGAGCGUCAUUGCGACACGAAUCGCGCAGCAUUCCUUCAAGGUUGCUUUAGUUGAAGCUGGAGGUCUGUACGAGUUCGAGUCUCUGGCGGCCGUCCCUGCUGCUGACGUACUCCCCGCGGGAUCGGAUCCCAAUACACAGUCAGCGGUGGACUGGGGAUUCGUCACACGGGGGCAACCUGGUGCAAAUGGGCGGGCGAUACAUUAUGCUCGAGGCAAAUGUUUGGGAGGGUCGUCUGCUUUGAACUUUAUGAUUUACCAACGACCUACUCGAGAUUCAAUGCAAGAAUGGGCAGACGCUGUCGACGAUGAAAGCUACACCUUUGACAAUGCUCUUCCCUUCUACAAACGUAGCCCACACUUCACGGCCCCAAAUUCCAAGCUUCGAGCUUCCAAUGCCACAGCAGGACACAAUGCCGAUGCAUUCGACCCCAACGGCGGCCCUCUUCAGGUAUCAUACUCGAACUAUGCCCAAACAUUCUCUUCCUGGAUGAACCUCGGCAUGCAGGCAAUCGGCAUCAACGAUACCCAGGACUUCAAUUCGGGUUCCUUGAUGGGAGGACAGUAUUGCUCGUCUACAAUCGAUCCAUCAAGUGAGCUCCGUAGCAGCUCGCAGACGUCAUUCCUGGCAUCUAUCAAGCCUUCGACCCUGAAGGCGUACUCACAAACCCUCGCGAAGAAGAUCGUGUUCAAUGAACAGAAGAAAGCAACCGGCGUACAGGUUAGGGGCACGUUCGGCAAUACGUUCACUCUUUCAGCCUCAAAGGAGGUUAUAGUAUCUGCUGGCGCAUUCCAGUCUCCACAACUUCUAAUGGUAUCCGGUGUCGGUCCUGCAGAUGAGCUGAAACAGCACGAAAUCACCGUGAUUGCCGACCGGCCUGGUGUGGGACAAAACAUGUGGGACCAUCCAUUUUUCGCGCCUUCAUAUCGUGUACAGGUCGACACCCUUACUAAAUUCACGAGUAACUUUAUUUACGCGGCUGGUCAGCUCUUGAAUGGGGUAGCGGGGAAGUCUGGCCCCUUGACGAACCCGGUCGCCGACUACCUAGCCUGGGAGAAGAUCCCACAAGCCCUACGCGCGAAGUUCACCCAGAGUUCUCAAAAAGCUUUGUCUAGGUUCCCACCAGACUGGCCAGAGGCUGAGUACAUCUCUGGUGCAGGCUAUAUCGGCAAUGUCUCUAAUCUACUGUCUGAUCAGCCAAAGGACGGAUACCAGUAUGCCUCCAUCUUGGGCGUUUUGGUCGCACCCUCAUCGCGAGGCAAUAUCACCAUCAAAUCUUCCAACACUGAUGACCUCCCCGUCAUCAAUCCCAAUUGGCUCGAUGACCCAGCUGAUCAGGAAGUUGCCAUCGCCAUGUUCAAGAGAAUGCGCGCGGCUUUCAAGAGCGAUGCUAUGGCACCCGUGGUCAUCGGAGAAGAAUACUACCCGGGUGUGAAAGUCCAAAGUGACAGCGAUAUCCUCGAAUUCAUUAGAAAUAAUGUGAUGACUCUUUGGCAUGCAGCUUGUACCUGCAAAAUGGGCAAGUCCGACGACGACAUGGCUGUGGUGGACGCCCAGGCACGGGUAUACGGCGUGCAGGGACUGCGUGUCGUGGAUGCGAGCGCCUUCCCAUUCCUGCCUCCUGGUCAUCCCCAAUCGACAGUUUAUAUGCUUGCCGAGAAGAUCUCGGAUGCUAUCAUCAACUGUUCUUAGAUUACUACAGCUGGGGAGCGAAACAUACACAAUCCAAUCCCCAGUAUAAACUUUUGUAUAAAUUUAUCGCGUUAUCUGUGGGAAUAUUCGGGGUUUGUUUCUGUACAUAUUUCUUCUUUGUAUUCGAUUCCACAUAUUCAUCGGCCUGGCGGGUACCGAGAAC